CCUAUUACUUUGAUUGAUUUAUGUUAAAAAAGCAAUAAGAGCUUAAUUAGAAUUGGUUGUUAAGACUAACCAGACAUGGAAAUGUAUACAAUUUAUAUAUUGAGCCGGAUUCUUUCCGACAUCCACGGUAACAUCUCUGUUCAAUGUGGUUGCUAAGCAACAUAGUUAGUAAAAGAUUGUUUUGCUAGCUUUGGUCCGCUGCCGUGUAGAAGGGCCUUGUGUCCGGUGCUAUUUUUCAAGGCGGAUUCCUAUCUUGAGAUUUAGUUAAAUGUGUAUUUCGUAUAAACAUAAUUGUAAAACACAUCCAGAAACCAUGGUUUGACUCGAAAGCUUGUUGAAUGUAGGCUUCGCCAUGGAAAUGAUGAAGGAGAAAUACAUUGUGAACACGAACGGAGACGAUUACGAAAGAUUUGUUUUCCAUCGUCUUCAAAACUUUGCCAGUGAGUUUAGAAACCUCCACCAUCCACAGGCACACAUAGCUGUUUAUCCACCUCUACAUCUCAGCCGUGAAGCAAUGAAAUACAAAAUAGGGUUGGGCAGAGAUGACGGCUCUCAGAGCAGUUUGUUGGCCAGCAGGCAAUGGAGAGAUUACCCUGUGGAAAACCCUGAAAAAAAGCAGUCCAUCUCAGAAGAUUUUAAACAGGAUUCACUAUGGAUGAAACAAUGGUCCGCUCAAAUAAGCCAGGCUUUUCGAACCAGACAGCUGCUGGUUGAUUUUGAUGACGGCCGACCAAAAUUCAAACUCCGAGAGCCUCAGGACCUGUUCUCCUUCCCUUCCUCCGGGUACCCGUUUCAGGGGGUCCGCUGGCCAAUGGAGAGUGAGGUCAUUGAUGGCAUCAUCCAGCACAUCGACUGGGACCCCCCCCAGCCCGAGCCCUUCUACCACCCCACGGGCCUUGAACUAGCCCCGGUCCUAGUGGGGGAGGAGGGGGGGAUCUUGGUGUACUGCAUUGACCUUGCCACUAAGAAGCCGUAUUUCACAUGCUCUCGUGUUGGGGGAAGCCGUGGCCCAAUCAAGAGUGGAAGGGCCUGCACCAUGUGUCUGAAGGAUCCGCCCCUCGAGUUUGAGUCGCGCUUUGAGAGUGGAAACCUGCAGAAGGCCAUUCAAGUGGGUGCCUAUAAUUAUGAGCUCACUCUGCGCACAGACAUGUACACCAGCAAGCACACCCAGUGGUUUUACUUCAGGGUCAGGGGCAUGAAGGCCGGGGUCAGCUACCGCUUCACCAUAGUGAACCUGAUGAAGGGCCACAGCCUGUACUCCCAGGGGAUGAGACCUCUGCUGUACUCCCAGAGAGCUGCUGAGGAGCAGGGGAUGGGCUGGCAUCGCAUUGGAUCCAACAUCAAGUACUACCGCCACUACCCUCAGACAAGCUUGGAGAACCCCAGCAGCGAGGGCCCCGCCCUGCACUCGCUCACCUGGACCUGCCAGUUCCCGUACGACGCCGACACGUGCUACCUGGCCCACUGCUACCCCUACACCUACUCCCGCCUGCAGCGCUACCUGGGCCGCCUCACCUCCGACCCCGGAACCGCCGCCUACUGCAAGCUCCGCGUGCUGUGCCACAGUCUGGGCGGGAACCCCGUGCACGUGCUGACCAUCACUUCCCCGGAGCGGUGCCGAGGGCCCGAGGGCACGAGGGCCAAAAGAGCCGUGGUGGUGACGGCCCGGGUCCACCCCGGGGAGACCAACAGCUCCUGGAUGAUGGAGGGCUUGCUGGACUUCCUGUUGGGCGACUCGGACGACGCCCGUCUGCUCAGGGACACGUUUGUUUUCAAGGUGGUGCCCAUGCUUAACCCCGACGGCGUGGUGGUCGGGAAUUACCGCUGCUCUCUGGCCGGCAGGGACCUCAACAGGAACUACAGGACAAUGCUGAAGAACGCAUUCCCCACGGUGUGGCACACGCGCAACAUGGUGAAAAGGUUGACCGCGCAGACGGACGUGGUUCUUUACUGUGACUUCCAUGGCCACAGUCGUAAAAACAACGUGUUCAUGUACGGCUGUAGCGACCGGGACGACCCCUCUCUGCAGCUGAACGAGAGAGUCUUCCCACUAAUGAUGAGCAAAAACGCCAAAGACAUGUUCUCAUUCAGGAGCUGCAAGUUCCGGGUGCAGAAGAGCAAAGAAGGGACGGGGCGGGUCGUCAUGUGGCGGCUGGGCGUCAGAAACAGUUAUACCAUGGAGUCUACUUUCGGAGGCUCAACUCUGGGGGGCCGGAGCGGGACCCACUUCACCACACAGGACCUGAAGUCUUUUGGCUACUGCCUUUGUGACACCCUGCUGGACUACUGUGACCCGGAUACAACCAAGACUGCGUUGUGUCUGGCUGAGAUGACAUCGUUGCUCAGGCAGAGGGCCAGCAAGCGGUCAGGCCAAGAUUCCAACGCCAUCAUCUCUGUCUACGACCUGGAAUCCAGCACCAGUGGCUCAGAUAGCUCAGAAUCGGAUGGACUGCCGCUACAUUUACUGAAGCAAGGCACUAUGGCUAAGAAACACCGGCGGACCCGCCGAGAGAGGAACAAACUGCGACAGGAUACCGCCGUGAAGAACACACGGGCCCAGAUGCCAACUCCACUUCCUGAUGCCAUGGUGAAGGAAAGGAGCCCGGAGAAGACUUUGGUGUCACAAAAAAGGAAAGAGAAGGGUUCUGCUGUGAAGUCUGUUGGCACGUCUGUGUCCCCUCCACGGCCAUCCAGUAACGCACGGGAGAUCGGUCACGUGCCCCUGUGGCAGGGCAGAGAGCCAGUCAAGCACGAAAGUCUGGAGGCUCGGAGGACACAUUCAUACAUGCAUCCCAGGACCAGGAUCUGUCAUACAGAGCCGCCUCAUACAGGUAGCCAGCUCCAUGGUCAGUGUGAGGGCUCAUCUAGGCAUGAAGGGCAGGUUAACACUGCCUCAUGUUUGGGGGUUCAUCACAUGAAAUCAGUAAUAAUGUGUGUAUGUUAUAAUAUAAUAAUUCAAUAAUCGAAAUAGUAUUAAAUAUAUAUAACGUA